GGGUGGAAUUUAUUCACUGUAUGUCCUUGGCAGAAUAAGUCUCGCCAUUGGUUAGAAUUUCACUAUCGACGAAAAGCGGCUCAUGUUCCAUCCUUCUUGUGCUUUCAUCAGAGUUUUCAUUUGUGUGACAACGGACGGAGAGAGAAGUGGUUUUUUCAACCGCAGUUUGCUAAAAGAGGGAGAUUUUUGUGGUGAAGAACUUCUAACUUGGGCACUGGAUCCCAAAUGCGGUCAGUUCAGACGACUUCACAGCAGACAGGUUCAACACACCUUCCGGUUCUAUUCACAGCAGUGGAGGACUUGGGCCGCAUGCUUUAUCCAAGCAGCCUGGAGGCGGCACUGCAAAAGGAAACUUCUGGAGCUUCAUAGGAAGGAUGAAGCAGCCGAAGAGUUAGCUAGGGCCAGCACAAAAGCCGGAGGAGGCUCAUAUAGCAUUGGUGUGACGUUCUUGGCAACAAGAUUUGCAGCAAAUGCUUUCAGGGGACUACACAGAAAUCGGAAUCUUAGGAGUGCUCGGGAAUUGGUGAAACUCCAAAAGCCACCGGAGCCCGACUUUACUGCCGAUGCAGAUUGAUUUGUCUUCGAACUUUUUCAAAUUUUAUGCAUAGACGAUAAAUGGGGAGACGAUAGAAAUCAGAUCAACAAAUUCCUCACACCUAGCAGCAUUUCACGUCUUAAUCUCACUAGUUCUGAUGCUCAAACCAAAGCAAGAUGAGAAAUGACUAUUUAGGAGGGAGAUAUUUAAAUUUGCGUGGUUUACUUCUCUUUCGUGGCGAUAUUUGUCAAUUUCUAUCUUGGCUUUGGGACAAUUAUGUUAUUUAGAAAAAAAUGAUAGGUGAUAGCCUUUUAUUGGCUAUCUUGUAACUAAUUCUAUUUCGGAAUUAUGUUUUAUUCAUUUAGCUUACAGUGUCUUUCGUUUA